GACCCCAACAGCCAAGCCACACCACGCCCGAGUCUUCCCUUCGUCUCGGCCGCGCCCGCACGUUCCCAAGUUACCCCCAGAACCACACGGAUCCAGCCUCUUACCCUUCCGCCACAGCCGAUGGCCUCCGCCCAGCCGGCGCCGGCACCGGCGCACACAGCGGGGCCGUCUCUGGUGGACACCCUCUUCCAGCGCUCUCUGGACGACCUCGUCAAGUCCCUCCGCGCCGACCCGUCGGCCGCCGGCGAGUCCGCGGCCGUCGCCCGCGCGCUGUCCGAGAUCCACCGCGAGAUCCGCGCCCCCGACGCCGCCACCAAGGCCGUCGCGCUGCAGAAGCUUACCUACCUCUCCUCCCUCCACUUCACCCCUGUCGCCUCCCACCCACUCGCUUUCCCGGCCAUCGAGCUCCUCGCCUCGCCGAGCCUGCCCCACAAGCGCCUCGCCUACCUCGCCGCCUCGCUCUCGCUCCACCCGGCCUCGCUAUCCCUGCUCCCUCUCGCCACGCACCAGCUACACAAGGACCUCUCCCCCUCCGCCUCCGCCGCCGCGACCCACCGGCACGUCUCCGCGCUUGCGCUCCAGCUCCUCGGAUCCCCCGCGGCGGCCGCCGCUCCGGACCUCGCCGUUCACCUCGCGCACGACCUCGUGCCACACCUCUCCCGCGGCAGCCCACAUGCCAUCGCGGCCGCAGCGCGCGUCAUAGCUGGCGCGCCGUCCGCGGCCGUGCCGGUCCUCUUCAAGCCGCUGGCAGCCUGUCUCGCCUCCCCUGACCCGCGGGCGUCGACUGCGGCUGCGGCAGCGUUCUGUGACCUGUCAGCUCCGCCUGCUGACGCGGCCCCUUUCCUGCCGUUGGCGCCUGAUCUUUACAACCUGCUCACCACUUCCCGGUCCAACUGGGAGCUCAUCAAGGUGCUCAAGCUGUUUGCACGGCUGGCUCCUCUAGAGUCCCGCCUGGCCGCACGAAUUGUCGACCCAGUCUGCCAGCUGCUGACCCGAUCUGCAGCCAUGUCACUGACCUUUGAGUGUGUCCGUACAGUGCUCACUGCGCUGCCAGCACAUGAUGCUGCUGUCCGCCUUGCCAUCGGAAGAGUGAAGGAGUUCCUUGCUGCUGCUGAUGAUCCCAACCUCCGGUACCUUGGGCUUGUGGCACUUGGUAUGCUUGGCCCAGGUUAUGCAACUACAGUGAAUGAUUGCCGGGAUGUUAUUAUGCGGUCACUUGGUGAUGCCGACUCAAGCAUUCGCCGGGAGGCAUUGCACCUCAUGAUGGGGAUGGUUGAUGAAAACAAUGUAUUGGACAUUGCAAGUAUGCUGGUCAGUCAUGCUGCUAAGUCAGACCCAGAGUUCGCAAAUGACAUUCUCGGGGCCGUUCUAGCAGCAUGUGGGCGUAAUGUGUAUGAGCUUGUUGCGGACUUUGAUUGGUAUGCUUCACUCCUCGCAGACAUGGCAAGGAGCCUACAUUGUGCCCAAGGAGAUGAGAUUGGUCGGCAGCUUGUUGAUGUUGGACUGCGGGUACAGGAUGCACGGUCAGAGCUUGUCCGUUCAGCUCGAACUCUCCUAAUUGACCCUGCUUUGCUUGGAAACCACUUCCUCUUCCCUGUUCUUUCAGCUGCCGCAUGGAUUUCUGGUGAGUAUGUGGAAUUCAUGAAGGAUCAUGUCGAGCUUGUUGAAGCACUCUUGCAACCAAAGACCAACCUCCUGCCUAUGUCAGUGAGAGCAGUCUACAUCCAUGCAGUAUUUAAAGUGCUCACUUUCUGUUUGAGUGUGUAUGUUGAGAAAUUGGGUGAUUCAAGCAAGGAAGUGGAUGUAGUGUUCGGUGGGUUGGCUAUUGAUCAAACUGUUUUUGGGGAAAGCAAGGUUGCACUUGGGUCUGCUCAAGAGCAAGAUAUUAGGGCAAGCACAGUGCGAAAGGACCCAUUUUCACAUGAAUCUAUACUUUACAUGAUUAACUUGAUUGAAACAACAGUUGGUCCACUUGUUGAGUGUAAUGAAGUAGAAGUCCAGGAGAGAGCACACAACCUGAUUGGUUUUGUCCAUUUGUUAAGACAUAUUCAAGAGUUGAAAGAAAAGAAGGUAGCUGAUGAUGACAAGCAAAGCAGGGUAAAAGAGCUUGUCAAAACUAUGCGGACAGUAUUCUGUCAAGAACUUGGUCCUGUUUCUGUGACUGCACAGAUGAAAGUAGCCUCUCCAGACGGUCUUGACCUGAAUGAGAAUCUUGCUGAACUCGCAGACAUUGUGAGUGAAGAUGAUACUGCUCCGUCAACUUCAAUCUUUUUUUAUCCUCGCAGCCGUGACUCUGAAGAGACAAGAGAUGAGCCUGCAGUGUCCAUUGGUUCAUCUUCUCUUUCUGAGCAUCGCAAAAGGCAUGAGCUCUUUUAUCUCCCAACAGGAAAAUCUGAGGAUGAGCUAAGUGAUUACCCCCAUGCCAGUGAUACUCUACCAUCUUGUAGCCAUGAAACUGUUAGUGAUGAUAAGUCGAAGACCGUUGAACCUGUAUUUGCUGGGAAAAAGUCGAAGUCCACAAAGUCCAGACCAAAAGUAGUUAAAUUGGAUGGUGAGGAUUUCCUCAGUUCUAUGAUGGCUACUGCAAAUGUUCCAAAAGAAGACCCCUUGUCUGGUGCUCUACGUGGUGUGCUCUUGGGUAGAGAUGCUAUGGCAUCACCUUUACAAAAGGCUUCAGAUGUAAAUUCUGAAGCAAUGCUAAAAAAAAUGGGCACUAAUGAAUCUAGCUUUCAGCGGAUAGAGAAUUUAGGAAGCCAUCCUGCUUCAAAUUCUGUAACAAGUAAACAAAACCAUGACAAGGAGAAAGGUACAGAUCCUCCUGAAAGUGGUGCCAAAGAAUCGAGAAAGCACAGGAGCUCUGGUAGAAGUGGACAUCGCCAAGGAAAACAUAAGCACAGAGAAAGGUCUAGUACUCAGCCUGAUAUUGUACCUCAAGCUCCAGUUAUCCAAGACUUCCUUCUAUAGUGGCUGAGAGACUCUUGUGGCCAUACCAUACUACGAGCUCUGUAGCGCCGGCACAAGCAGCAGUAGUGCCUAGCUAGGUUUAGGGCUUUUGUUUGCAAUGAAUUAUCGAGAUGUCUAUUUAAAAGAUAAAGAGGCUAGUUGAGAAAUUAGGUGCAAAAAAAAAAAGGAUUCAGUGGCUUGUAUUGUGAUAUUGUCAGGGAGUGAUGCUUUUAAGGACCCUAUCUUCUUAUUUGUAUUUGGUAAAAAAAUAGAACUUGAUGUUUAGGGGGUUUAUUCAAGAGAUAAGAUGUUUGCUACAUAUGUACUCCCUCCAUUAUGUAUAUUCUCUGUGACUCUGAAUCUUUACUUUUUACAAACCCCAUGUUGAGAUUGCAUAUGCAUAAAAGAACUGAGUUAAGAGUGAUAUCAGCCUACUAAUGCUUGGAGGAAAUAAAUCUUUACUCAAUGAUUUUGGUAGCAACUUUCACUGCAACACUUUUGGUUCUAGCAUGAAACAUUGGAUGCUUUGAAAGAUACCUUA